AUGACAGGUACAAACAUACUUCAUAUAGAUCCUGAUAGAAGAGUAGGAUUGAAAGUACGACACUUAUCAGUCUCGCUUAAAUCACAAAUACCAAAACAACAACCCCUUGAAGAUGAAUUAGAAUCCUCAACCAAUUCCGAAUCUCAUAAGAUCUUAAAUGACAUUAACUUUGACCUUGCAGCCGGUCAACUUAUGGCAAUUAUGGGAGGUUCAGGAAGUGGUAAAACCACCUUGUUAAACACUUUAUCACAACGAACAAAUAUCACCAACAAGAAACUCCGCUUUUCAGGAUCCGUGAACUAUAUCACUGGAGAUCAUAAAUCAAUUUCUCAUUCAUAUUUAUUGCAAACUGAUUACUUCUUACCCGGAUUAACGAUAUUGGAAACCUUGAAAAGUCAAGCUGAUUUAAGAUUACCUUCCACCGUCACACAGAUCGAAAAGAACAAUUUGAUUGAGUUUAUAUUGAAUGUAUUAGAAUUAUCACAUCUCAAGAAUAGUAUAAUCUCCUCAUUUUCAAGCCAAGCAACUAGUCUUUCUGGAGGCGAACAACGAAGAGUCUCUUUAGCAAUUCAAUUAUUAUCCAAACCGGCAAUUUUAUUCUUGGAUGAACCAACUACUGGAUUAGACACCUCCAGUUCCUUAAAACUAGUUGAAUUACUUCAUAAAUUAACCAACAAUUAUGGAAUCACAAUCAUUUUAUCUAUCCAUCAACCCAGACCCGAAAUUUGUGAAUUAUUUGAUAAGAUAUGUUUAUUGACUCGUGGAGGUAGAUUGAUCUAUUAUGGGAAUUUAACCAAUGCCGAAACAUACUUCAAUAAUCUUGAAUUCAUAAACACCACCACCCCAGAUUCUCAUCAUAAAAAAACAAUCAUGGAUCAAAUUAUGGAUUUAUCAGUCAAAGAUACGACCUCGAAACAAGCGGAAUUAUUAACCAUCUCAAGAAUCAAUAAACUCGUCCAGAAUUGGAAAUCCAAUCAUCCAACUACCGAAGCUGAUUUCAAUCCCGAUGAUGGUUCCAUAUUUCAUCACAAUCUAAAACUAUUCGCCAGAGAUAGGAGGAAUCAUAUUUCAUUCUUGAAAGAGAUUCAAAUCUUAACCAGUCGAACAUUCCUUCUUUCUUAUCGAGAUUAUCAAAGUCUAUUAGUCCUAAACCUUGGAUCUAUCGUGGUUUCCAUUACGGCCGGUUGGAUGUUUUUCCGACCAAAACAUGAUCUUGCAGGUAUAAGAUCCUUAAUAUCGACCUUAUAUGUCACAUUAGAAAUGGUUGGAUUUUGUCCUAUGUAUUUCGAAGUCGAAAGAUUACAUAAUAUCGAUGGGAAGGUUUUUUAUUCUGAAUAUCUGGAGAAUUGGGUGUCAAUUCCUGGAUUUAUAAUUUCGAGAAGAUUAGGAAAAUUCUUAGUGGAGGAUUUACCAAUAUCGAUAAUUUUCAGUGUUGUGACUUAUUUCAUGUGGGGAUUAGAUGGAUUUGGGAUAUAUUUUAUAAUUGUCAUGAUUGUUGAAUUAUGUUGUAUGGGAUCCUCAAUGCUUUGUUUCUCAUUAGCGCCUGAUUUUGCCAUUAGUUCAUUGAUUAUUAAUAUCUUUUAUCAAUUACAAAAUAGUGCUUGUGGAUAUUUUGUCAAUGCUGAGACGAUGCCGGUUUAUGUUAAAUGGACCAAAUAUAUUGCUUAUUUUUGGUAUGGAUUCGGUGCAUUAACUUCCAAUCAAUUUACGAAUUGGAAAGGUGAUUGUCCAUUUGAUUCUGAUGAUAUUCGAUGUCAGGAAUAUACUGGUGAGUAUCAAUUGGCGAUAUUGGGAUUUCCUACUGGAUGGAUCGGGGAACCUAUUGGUAUUUUGAUUGGAUGGAUGAUUGGAUUCUUUGUCUUGUCCGGAUUGGCAUUCUAUUUCAGAUCUCAUGAUGUGGGUAUGGCAAAGACAAGAAAGAACAAGAUUGGUGGAGAUGAAGAUGAACAUGAACAACAUGAACAUCAAACACAAAUAACUGAAGAAACAACAGCGUUCACAGAAAAGGAAGACACUCCCAACAAGAAAUUGGACUUUGAAAUCAGCAUCAACGACAUUAAUCUCCUGGUCAAACAAGGUACAUUAUUCAACAAGUCAAAACCAUUCAAACCUCUCUUAUGUGGAAUAAAUGCCACCUUCAAAGCAAACAAAGUCAAUGUCAUAAUGGGUCCUUCUGGAAGUGGUAAAACCACAUUAUUAAACUACCUAUCCAACCGAUUAUCGAAAUCCUCAAAAUAUCAAUCGCUGGGAAACAUUUAUCUCAAUGAUAAUGAACUUCUAACCAGACAACAAUUGAAUAAACUUUCAGCAUAUGUCACCCAAACCGACAAUUCCUUAAUCGAAAACCUCACCGUUCGUGAAACCUUAUAUUAUCAAGCUCGAUUAAGACUACCUGAAUCGGACCAUCCCAAUAUCCCAAACAUUAUCAAUCAAUUAAUCAGAAGGACUGGAUUGGUAGAUUGUGCAGAAACUCCAAUCGGAUCGGAAUAUUUGAAGGGUAUAAGUGGUGGAGAAAAACGGAGAGUAUCAAUUGCAAUUCAAUUGCUAUCUAGACCUAAGAUUUUAUUUUUGGAUGAACCUACUUCGGGAUUAGAUUCAAGUACAGCAGAGACUAUUUUGAGUUUAUUGGAUGAAUUGGCGAGGGAUAAUCAAACCACGGUGAUUUUAACUAUUCAUCAACCUAGUGAAGCUAUGUUUUAUAAAUUUGGAUCGUUGCUUUUGUUGAGUCGUGGAGGAAAAGUGGUUUAUAAUGGUUCUUCUAAGGGUAUUAUUAAAUAUUUGGGUGGAUUGGGUUAUCACACUCCUAAAGAUGGGAAUGUGGCUGAUUAUAUUUUGGAUUUAAUUUCCAAAAGUGGUGAUGAAUCAAGUUUUGAUUUUGAGUCGCGUAUUGAUAAAUUAGUGAAUAAUUGGAUCGUUAGGAAUCAAUCUCAACUUCAUAAUAAAAACGAAGAAUUUAAAACUAGUGUUUCUGAUUGCUAUAUUCGAAAUGUCAUUAAUAUCGAAGAAUAUUAUCACAAGAGAUUGCAUUUCUUCAUUACAUUUCCAACUAUUGUUAAACGUCAAAUAAUUACUUCAUAUCGUGCUAAAGAUGUUGUCAUUAGUCGUGCUGGUCAAACCAUUUUUUUGACAAUCAUUCAUACGUUAUUUUUCACUCCAUUAAGAAACACCCAAGCAGGUAUAAGUAAUCGAUUAGGAUUAAUCCAAGAAGUGCUUAAUUUAUAUUUCGCCGGUUUAGUGAAUAAUAUUAGUUUGUAUCCAUUUGAAAGAAACUUGUUCUAUCAAGAAUAUAAGGAUGGAAUAUAUGGAGUUGUUGAAUUUGCUGGUUCAUAUCUCUUAAAUGAAUUACCAACUGAAAUCAUCCCCAGUUUUUUCUUUUCAGCAUUAAUUGUAUUUGUUUGUGGAUUACCUAGAACUCCUCAAAUGUUCUUUGCCAUGUUUUCAACUGCAGUGGUUUCGUUAAACUGUGGUGAAUCUUUAGGUAUACUUGUCAGUAGUGUCUUUAAUCAUAUGGGAGUGGUAACUAAUGUAUUGGCUAUGUUUGUCAUGUUUGCUAUAUUUAUGGGUGGUACUAUGUCAUUACAUAUGCCACAAUUCUUUUGGGCUAUGAAUUUUAUAAAUCCAAUGAAAUAUGCUGUUGCAAUUUGUGCAAAUUUGGGAUUUGAAGACCAAAUGUUUGAAUGUAGUGAAGGAUUGGAUGAAUGUGUAUUCCAGACUGGUGAAGAUGUUUUGGAGUAUUAUAAUUUGCUGGCCGAUAUUUAUUCUAUGAUUGGAGGAUUGGUUGCAUGUUUGGUUCUUUAUCGUUUCAUUGCGGUUAGUUCUAUCUAUGUUAGAGUCAAAUGGUUCAAUUAA